AAGAAUGGCCUCUCUCUUCAGAUUGUUCAACUUAUUCUUCUUUGUUGCUCUCUUUAACUUCAUCUUUAUGCCCAAUGCUGUUCUUUGUAGUGUGAAAGAUGAGAAUAUUCUAAACGCCAUCAACAAAUAUAGGCAUUCAAAGAACCUAUCCGAGUUUAUUAUCAACACCAAUGCGGCGUGUUUGGCUAGAAAACUGGCUUUGAGGCUGCGAGAUGAGGUUUGCUCAAGCCCAGAUGAUUUCAACAAAGAACUCACCUCUGAAACUAAGCUCUCAGACUUCCACAAUCUCUUGCCAAAGUGUCACAUAAACUACAACUCCUCUGUUGAUGGCAUCGUUCUCCCGGCCUGCGUCCCCAACCCCGACCCCGACUCCGUUGUCAGGAACUUCACGAGUUCCCAUGAUCGUCAGUAUCUCGACGACGGGAACUUUACCGGAGCUGGCGUUGGGACAUACGACGACUGGGUCGUCGUGGUUUUGAGCACCAACACGUCGAGCGGGAACUUUACCAACGGUGGCUUUUCUUUGGCUAUGGAUGGGGGCGGCUCGAUUGGUGUGAUGGCUCUGUUGUUAGGGUUGUUUGUUUCUCUGUUGGUGUGAUGAGUGAAAGUUUUGAGGACGAUUACUUGCCUACUUACACUGUUAAAGUCGAUAGCACUUACUGAUCAGUGUGUAUGUAAGUAUAUCAUCUGGUGAAUUCUCUUUCUUCUUUUCUUUGUUUUUAAACGUUUGUUUGAUUCAAUA